CAGAUUUAGAUACACACAACAUAUAUUUAGUUUAUCACCUCUCCAAUACAGCAAUACACACCCCACAACUAGACCACCCAUAAACAAUCAUUUCAGAAAGCCAAUGGAUCUCGCCGGAAAAAUGGCCGAGUUAGCCGCCGGCAGGAAGUUCCCGAUGAGAGCAAAGCCGUGCGACACUUGUAAAAUUAACGCGGCGGUGCUGUUCUGCCGCACGGACUCAACGUACAUGUGCAUGGACUGCGACUCGAGAAUUCACGGUAAUAAUAGUUACGAGCGCGUGUGGAUGUGCGAGGUGUGUGAGCACGCGCCGUCUAGUGUCACGUGUAAGGCAGACGCUGCAGCUCUCUGUGUCAUGUGUGACUGGGACAUUCAUUCGGCCAAUCCGCUCGCGCGGAGGCACGAGCGGGUCCCGGUGACUCCGUUCUAUCAUGCUGCAGUUGGGGUCGUGAAAUCGACCGCAACUGCAAUACUAGAGAUUCCUCCUAUUGAAUCUGAAUCGAAUAUGAUUGGUUACAAAAAUUGUAACAAAAAUUUGUGUCAUGGUCACGAGGAGACUAAGUUGUCAGCGGAUGUGCAGGCUGACAUGAAAUCGAUUGAAUUUUUAUUUUCGGAUCCCGAUAAUUUAUUGGAAUUCGGAUAUCCGGCUCCGAAUGAUGUGGUUCCUUUGUAUGGACACCAUAGUACUGGCGCUGAUAGUGUUGUUCCGGUUCAGAUUAGCACUAAGCCAGCACCGCAAUCAUCUUCGGUUAUGGGAUCUGUUGACAAUCCUUUCGAGAUUGAUUUUACAACUUCGAAUAUAAGUUCGUUCAACAACAGCUUCGCAGCUCCUUCUGUCAGCCAAAAUAUUUCAUCGGAUGUCGGAAUUGUACCAGACGGAAGUAUGUCAGAUACAUCAUAUCCAUUUGUUCUUCAAAUGAAAAACAAUGUUAACACGAAUACCCCUUAUAAUGGGACUGCUCAAGCAUCUGUUGAGAUGGAUAGAAAAGCUAGAGUAAUGAGGUACAGAGAAAAGAGGAAAAACAGGAAAUUCGAGAAGACGAUACGAUACGCUUCUCGCAAGGCGUACGCCGAGACGAGGCCACGAAUCAAGGGCCGAUUUGCGAAGCGGACGGAAAAUACUGAGGAUGUUGAUCGGUGGUUCACUUCUGUUCCUGCGACCACAAAUUUCAUCAACAAUUCGGGGUUUGGGGUAGUUCCGUCAUUUUAACACCAAGAUGAAAAUGUGUUGUUAAGAAUAAUUAUUUUACUGACUAGAAUGAAAUAGUAAUAAUUACAAUGUUUUUACUCGUAGUUUUUGUACGUCAACUUCGAUUUGUAGUACGUGUAAGUAAGAACUUUGCAAUGCGGCUUCGCUUUAUAAAAGUCCAAUUACCUUUACUAAA